AUGGCCAAUACAUCUUUUAAAAUUGAAAGUUUAAUCGGUCCAGGUAAUCCAACCAAUGCCAUCAUUAACGGUUCUUCCAUGAUGGCACCAUUUUAUCUGCCGUCGAAUUAUCACUCUUGGCCUCAUGAUAGCAACCCCAAUUAUUCAUCAUGUCAAGUCUGUAUACCCAAAUCAACUGUCACUUGGCCAGUUCUAGUAAAGCCAUCGCCUAUAGUCGAUCCUGCCAUAUACCAUCAGCAACAAUAUCGAUUGGACAACCAUCAUCACCAAUCAUUACCAGCCUUCCAAGGAAUCCAAAAUACCGACACUCAACAACAUCCAGAUUUAGCAUCAGAUAAAACUAGCAUGAAAUCGACCAGUCAUUCUUCCAGAACUAAGCGUAUACGAACAGCUUAUACCAGUAUGCAGUUAUUAGAAUUAGAAAAGGAGUUCAACAGUAGCCGAUAUCUAUCGCGACUGAGGAGGAUUGAGAUUGCUAAUAUGUUAAAUUUAUCGGAGAAGCAAGUUAAAAUAUGGUUCCAGAAUCGUCGCGUAAAGUGGAAAAAGGACAAUAAGUUAGAUGGACAAGAUCAUGAUGAAAACGAAAGUAAAGGAUCUCCUGGCCAAUAUCCACUAUCUGAUAGUGAAGAAGAAUUAUCUAAUCGAUAA